AUGGGUGCUAACGAUAGCACGGAGAGCCGCAAGCGCAGUCGUGCCACACCAGCUAAACCAGACCACAGUGUCCCAUCGAGCUUCAAGAAACGGAAGCUAGACGCCAAUGGCAACCCUAUUGUUGCCUCUUCCCCAACAACCCCCAAGACUACUCCCGGAGCCAAUUCUUCGGCGGUAAAGAAGUUCGCUCGCAGCAAAAUCACAUCCUCGCCCGUCUCAGCAUACGACGUGCCAGACUCCCCCGAAGACAACCCGCCACGUCGAAUCCGCAAUGUCAGGAGCGUUGACCGACCGACUGCCAAGGUUCCGAUCCCCCCUCGCCGCAAUGUCGACGUUGACAUUUACGAUAUUCCCUGCUCCGACGACGAGUUGCAUUCGAGCCCGAAGGAGGUGAACUCGCAGAAAGCCAGCCCUACGAAGAGAAAGAGCAACGGCGCGGUCGACCACGAUGUGAACGAGGUCCAUGGAGGGGAAACGAUCGAGAAGCCGCAGCUUCGAAAGGGCAAGAGCAAUAAAGCGCUGGGUCAGGACGAAAAGGUUGCUUCGACGGAGGAGUCUUCCUCGCAGAUACGAUCAAGCGGACGCCGGAGAACUCUGACAGCGAAAGCCCUCGAGCAUGUGGAAAAGGUUGCGAGUCGCUCUGCCACUCCGACUUCUCUUGCGAGAGCUUCUGCCGCCGCGAAUGAAGUACCGGAGUCCAAAAAGGCUACAGGGAAGGCGAAUCGCAACAUAUCUAUGCCUCUGAAAGGUAUUUUGACACCGUCCAAGCGGGACGGUACGCCGAGAAGGAGUAAGAGCGUAGCGUUCGAUUCUGCUAGUGCUUUGGCUCAAGAGGAGGUAUUUUUCGAGGAUCUUCCGACCAAAUCUGGGAGAAGCCAAAAACCAUCACAAAAGGUGGUUGAAGCAAAAGUAGCAGUGGCGAAGCCAGCCAAGUCACGAAAGGCGCCACCAAAGGUGAUUGAUGAGGAGCCACAGGAGGAAGAAGAGGUGGAGUCAGGAGUCGAAGACCAGCAAGAUGAAGAACCGGUAGCAGAAGCGUCAGAGCAGGAGGAAGAUGAAGACGAGGACGUUUGUUCGAUAUGCACGAAGCCCGAUUCCAAGCCUGGAGACAGAAUCCUGUUCUGUGAUGGCUGCGAUAAGGCGUUUCAUCAGAAAUGCUAUAACGUGUCCAAGGUUCCCCGGGGAGACUGGUUCUGCAACGACUGUGUUGGGCAGAAGCAAUUGCGAGCAGUGGCAGCAGACGAGGCGGUGAAGACCCCCAAUUUCGCGCAACACCUGAGCAAUCUGCAAAGGGUGCUACUAGACCGGUGUACGGGUCGCCGACGUAUCAAGCUGAUUGACCAGGAUGAUGCCUACGAAAAGGCGCAUCAGCUGGUAGAGCAGACGGUAUUGGCCGGGGAGGGCAACUCUAUGCUCGUAAUAGGGGCAAGGGGUUGCGGCAAGACCACGCUCCUUGAAAGUAUCGUCGACGACCUGUCUUUACAGCACAAGAAGGAAUUCCAUGUUGUAAGACUAAACGGGUUCAUUCACACAGACGACAAGCUGGCCCUUAAAGAGAUUUGGCGGCAGUUAGGCAAAGAGAUGGAGGCGGAGGACGAGGCCAAUGCUCGGUCAAAUUAUGCCGACACAAUGGCCUCGCUGCUUGCGCUGCUUUCUCACCCGUCGGAAAUGGCACAGGCGGAGGAGGGUGUGACCUCGCAAGCGGUCGUCUUCAUCAUUGAUGAGUUUGACAUGUUUGCAGCACAUCCCCGGCAAACGCUGCUCUACAAUCUGUUUGAUAUUGCACAGGCGCGAAAGGCCCCUAUCGCGGUUCUGGGUUGCACGACACGGAUGGACGUGGUUGAAUCUCUGGAAAAGCGCGUGAAGAGUCGUUUUAGCCAUCGCUAUGUCUACCUGUCCCUCCCAAAGAGCUUGCCGGCAUACUGGAAAGUAUGCAAGCAGGGCCUUUGCGUCGAUGACGAGGACAUGGAUGUCGAGGGCAUCGAUGUCAGUGUUGAUGGACACGAAGCUUUCCACGCAAAUUGGAAGGCUAUGAUUGAGGUUCUGUACAAAGAAAAGGCAUUCCAAAGUCUGUUGCAAUACCACUACGCGACGACGAAAUCCGUCUCGGCAUUCCUAUCAGCGUGUAUUCUUCCCCUCUCCGCGCUCUCGUCUACAUCACUAGACCUCGUCAUUCCGCCAACGCCAAGCGGUGCGGUCGUCUCUCUCACGCCACCAAAUUCCAAGCUUCACCUUUUGUCGUCGCUUUCUGAGCUGGAUCUGGGCCUCCUCAUCGCAGCAGCGCGACUGGACAUUGUCGCGCACACAGAUACGGUCAACUUUGCGAUGGCGUACGACGAGUACGGCUCGCUGAUGGGCCGGCAGCGGGUGCAGUCGGCCAGCUCCGGGUUACUGGCCCUGGGCGGCGGCGUGCGGGUAUGGGGCCGCGGUGUGGCUGGUCUCUCGUGGGAGAGGCUCGUUGCUCUGGGGUUGCUGGUGCCGGCGGGUCUCGGGACGGGUCGGGCUUCGGGGUACGGCGGACUGGAGGGGAAGAUGUGGAAGGUGGAUGUGGCGCUCGAGGAGAUCCCCGCCGGGUUGAAGUUGAAUAACGUGUUGGCGCGGUGGUGUAAGGAGAUUUGA